AAUGCGUCUGAACAAUCUCUUUCUGAUCCUCUGUUUUGUCCACGCUGUUAGUUUCGGGUUUGUCUCUGCACAAACACAAAUAUGUGGGGAUUCAAUGUUUUUCACCCCCAACAGUUCUUACGAUACAAACCGUCGUCUCGUUCUCUCAACUCUUGCUUCCAACGUCAGUACUCGAAACAACCGCUUCUACAACGUCUCGGUCGGUGAAGGAGCUGGAAGGAUCUAUGCCUUAGGCCUCUGUAUCCCAGGGACUGAUCCAAAGGAAUGUUCCAAAUGUAUCCAACUCGCAUCCGAUGGUUUACUAAAGAAAUGUCCGAACCAGACUGACUCAUUCGACUGGCUUAUCGACGAGACCCUCUGUUUCGUUCGUUACUCCAAUAGCUCGUUUUUCAACAAGAUCGAUCUAGAGCCGACACAAACAAUAAGAGAUGCUCAAAUGUUCCAGGGGAACGUUACAGCUUAUACCAGAACAUGGGGCAAGUUUAUGGAAUUUAUGCUCACCCGAGUAGGUCCAACUCGUUACUUGGCAGAUACAUCUCCUCCGAUAGAUUCUCAUCGCAUAUACGUGCUGAUGCAGUGUAUUCCAGGGAUAUCCUCUGAUGACUGUGAAACUUGUCUUGAAGCAAAUGUGCGGGUGUACAAGACUUGCUGCAGUGGAUACAAAGGUGGUAUCGUCCUCACGCCGGUCUGUUAUUUCCGGUGGCAUUAUUAUCCAUAUUUUAAUGCCUUUACUGACACAUUUCUACCUCCUCAAGUUUCCCAACCCACGCCGCGUCCUCCUCCUCCAGAUGUGAAAAAAAUAUCUACGGGAGCUAUUGUGGGGAUUUUUGUUUCAGCGGUUACGUUAGUGGUGCUGCUCACUUUAGGAUUAGUUAUUUGGAAGAGAAGACAAUCAUACAGAACAUUAAAGCCUCAAACUGAUGAUGACAUGAUAAGUCCACAGUCUCUUCAAUUUGAUUUUGCAACAAUUGAAGGGGCAACCGAUACAUUUUCCAGCAAUAAUAAGCUAGGUCAAGGCGGAUUUGGUGAAGUUUACAAGGGUAUGUUACCAAAUGAAACCGAAAUUGCCGUGAAGCGGCUAUCAAGAAAUUCAGGACAAGGCACACAAGAGUUCAAGAACGAAGUUGUGAUUGUGGCGAAGCUUCAACACAAGAAUCUUGUUAGGCUUCUUGGGUUUUGCAUAGAAAGAGAUGAAAUGAUACUUGUCUACGAGUUUGUUCCUAACAAGAGCCUUGACUAUUUCCUCUUUGAUCCUGCAAAGAAGAGUCAACUAGAUUGGAAAAAACGGUACAAUAUCAUAGGAGGGAUUACGCGAGGGCUUCUCUAUCUUCAUCAAGACUCAAGGCUCACCAUCAUACACCGUGACAUCAAAGCAAGUAACAUUCUUUUAGACGCCGAUAUGAAUCCUAAAAUAGCAGAUUUUGGAAUGGCAAGGAAUUUUAGAGUGGACCAAACUGAAGACAAUACAGGAAGAGUUGUUGGAACCUUCGGUUAUAUGCCUCCAGAGUAUGUGACACAUGGCCAAUUCUCUACCAAAUCUGAUGUUUAUAGUUUUGGAGUAUUGGUUUUGGAGAUUGUUUGUGGCAAGAAAAAUAGCAGCUUCUAUCAGAUGGAGGAUUCUGGGGGAAAUUUGGUGACACAUGUUUGGAGGAUUUGGAACAAUAAAUCACCCUUAGAUCUCAUCGACCCUGCGAUAAAGGAAAGCUACGAUCAAGAUGAAGUCAUUCGAUGUAUCCAUAUCGGAAUUUUAUGUGUUCAAGAAACUCCAGCAGAUCGUCCAGCCAUGUCUGCAAUCUUUCAAAUGCUUACCAAUAGCUCUAUUACUCUACCUGUGCCUCGACCGCCCGGUUUUUUCUUCAGGAACAGACCCAAUUUAGACCCUUUAACCUAUGGAUCCGAGCCGGGGCAAACCAGAAGCAUGUCUGUUCCUUAUUCUAUAGACAGUGAAUCAAUCACAAGAGUUACUCCUCGCUGAAACUUUUGCUUCUGAACUCUGUAUUUAGCAUUAGUCCGUACAAUUUUCCUUGUAGCACAAACAAUUCUGUUCUUUUCAAAAUUUUGCAAGCUUCCCAAGUAGGUAAAAUAUAGACAUCAUCUGUUGUCGCUUUUAUGUAUUAAGAGUUUACUUGUGAAAUUAUAAUGCUUGACUGUAACA